AUGGCGCACGCGACGCUGCUCCGCUCUCUGCGGCUCCCCAUCGCACCCCGAUCUCACCAUCUCUGGCGCCCUCUACCACGUCGUGCAGUCCACGCUGGCGAAUUCCAGCCCUUUGUCCCCCCAUCACCGAGCUCACUCGGAAAACCAACCCCCGCAAAGACCUACACCCGGACCCGGAAAUGGCUUCGGCGACUAUUCUACACCUCCCUCGCCACGGGAAUCGUCUACGGGAUCGACUCCCAAUUCUACGCUUCCUCGCUGACGAGAACCGCCCGAACGUUCUCCCUGGGUUUGCUCGUUGCGCUGGACUAUAAAAUUAAUUUCCGCCCCCACCCCCGCUGGCGAGCGAUUGCCAUGCAAUCUGCGAUUCUGCCGCCUGAGUUCCAGGCUAUGUUCUCGCGCAUGUUUGAUGAUGCCCCGCAGAAUGACUGGAAGGAGGUUGAGAAGGUGAUUCGUGAGGAUUUUGGAAAGUCGCCCGAGGAGGUAUUUGGGGUCUCCUUUGAUGGUGAGCCUGGGAAGGGUGUCAUGGAACGGAGGGCACGGGCGAGUGCGAGUGUAGCGCAGGUACACUGGGCUCGUCUUCAGGAUGGUCGGGAGGUUGCGAUCAAGAUCCAGAAGCACGAGAUUGUACAGCAGCUUGCCUGGGAUCUAUGGGCAUUCAAAGUUGUCACUUUUAUCUACAGCAAGCUGUUCGAUAUCCCCUUCUACAGUCUCGUGCCGUAUAUCAGCGAACGGCUCUCGCUGGAGACAGACUUUGAGAAUGAGGCCACCAACUCCGAGACCAUGGCCAGACUGAUCGCUGCCGAGCCUCGUCUGCGUGACCGGGUAUAUAUCCCCAAGGUUUACCGCGAGCUGAGCUCCAGGCGAGUCAUGACCGCUGAGUGGAUCGAAGGUGUGCGACUCUGGGACAAGGACUCAAUCACUCGUACAUGGCGGGGUGGCUGGCGACAGGGUAGUCCUGGAUGCCGGGGGACUCCACUAGAUCCUCCAGAGAGCAAGGUCUUACCACAAACUCCCCGAAAUGUCCAGAUAGCCAAGUCCAAGCCCGAGCGCACUCACUGGAGGGGCCCGAACAACCGCGGUGGACUCGGCGUAUCCCUCAAAGACGUAAUGACAACCAUGGUCGACCUCUUCUCCGCACAAAUGUUCCUAUUCGGCUGGGUACACUGCGACCCGCACCCAGGCAACAUUCUCAUCCGACGCAAGCCCUCAGGCCAGCCGGAGCUAGUCCUCCUUGACCACGGUCUAUACAUCCACAUGGAACCGACUUUCCGACACCAAUACGCCCGCUUCUGGAAAGCCCUGCUAACCUUUGACAAUCGCACCCUCAGCGAGAUCGCCAAGGGCUGGGGCGUCAACAACGCCGACAUCUUCGCCUCUGCAACCCUGCUCCGCCCCUACCGCGGCGGCGAUAUGUCCACCCAGCGCGGCAUUGAGGGACUAAGCAAACACGAGCGCGCAGAGCGUCACUACGAAAUGCAACAAGCAGCCCGCAAGGCAAUCCGCGAAAUUCUGGGCGACGAGAACAAAUGGCCUCGCGAACUGAUCUUCAUCGGCCGCAACUUGCGUAUUGUUCAAGGUAACAAUCAAUUCCUGGGUUCGCCGGUUAACCGGGUGAAGAUUACGGGGAUGUGGGCUUCUCGCGCGCUUGUUGAAGCUUCCGAUCUGCCGUUGGCUGAGAAGAUACGUAACUUGGGACGACAUGUGGUAUUCCGCAUUGUGUUGUUCACGAGUGAUGUCUUUUUCUGGUUUACUAAGAUCCGGCAGUUUUUGAGACUGGGUGGUGGUAUGGAGGAUGAGAUUGAGGCGCAGAUGCAACAUAUGGCCAAGGAUAUGGGGGUGGAGUUGAAUCACAAUGUGUUUGAGGGAUGA